GUGGGCUUCUGGAUGGCAACAGAGGACAGGGAGGUGAUGGAAGCCCAGGGGGCAGGAGAAAGUUGUCCCACCUUCUCCAAGUUGGUGCCUGGUGACUCCAUGUCUGAAGGGAAGCCGAGAGCUUCUUUGGAGACAGCGGUCCCCAAGCCAGACUCCUCCAAUAACUGCCUGGAGGAGAUGGAAACUUGUGAGGACAAAAGCUGCCACGGCCCCCCUAACUCACCAUCCCCGAAGGCUGGUCCCACCACCAAGGGCCAGGCAGGCGACGGACCCGGACCUGAAUCUCCGGAGCUGCCCCCCACCUCCGGGACAGAAUGCAACAAUGCGAUGGAACUGGAGAAGGUACGCAUGGAGUUUGAGCUGACACGGCUAAAGUACCUGCACGAGGAGAACGAGAGGCAGCGGCAACAUGAGGAGGUGAUGGAGCAGCUGCAGCAACAGGCGGGCCCCCGCCAGUUCUCAGGAGGCCUCCAGGACCUCCUGCUCCCCCAGAACCAGUUUGCCAUGUUCCUGUACUGCUUCAUCUUUGUACACAUAAUCUAUGUCACCAAGGAGAUGGUCUUCUUUCUCUUCUCCAAGCACUACCUGUUCUGCAUUGCGGCCAUUUUGCUGUGUUUGAUUAAAACUUUGUGGUCCUACUUCCAAGUGCCUCUGCUCUCUCCAUCACUGGAAAUCCCCAUGGUGGUGUCAUUAGGAUGUGAACCUCCCUGA